GCAGCCAUCACGGCACAAUGUCAGCCUCGGUCUCGCCACCAGCGCAUCGCCAGCGAGACCAACACCACAAUCAGCCUCGUCCAGACCAAGCCUCUUCCUCAGGCCCUUCCCUCCCUCUUCUCGCCGCAGCGCCCCUGCUCUCCUCCUUCACCUCAUUCCUCACCAUCGCCAUCCACUCGCUCCUCUACCACCGCAAUCUCUACCCAUCAGCAUCCUUUCUCACCGCCCGCGCCUUCAAUCUCCCCGUCCACCAAUCCCGCCACCCCGCCGUCUGCGCCUGGAUCAACGACGCCGUCUCCGCAAUCUCAAACCAGCUCAACGCCGGCGCCGUCAAGCGCAUCGUCUUCGUCGUCCACAGCGCCAGCAGCAGCAGCAAAGUCCGUGAGCGAUGGGUCUUUGACGUGGAGCGCUUCCCAGCCUGGGGCCUCAAGAAUGAAGCCGCCGCCGCCGCCGCAGCAGCAGACUCAGAAGCACCGACUUCUCAUCAGCAGCCAGAAGACGAGGAAGACAACGACUCCGAAGAGGGAGAGGACGAAGAAGCCGCUGCCGAGGUGCAAGAUGCGCUCAACUGGGCCGACAUCCAUGAAGCUCUCAGAGGAGCGUUGCAGAGACUGGCCUAUGCGGCGCAGGGCGCUGAGAAGCUGCCAGAGGGAUGCACAUUCACACUUGCCCUGGAGUUGAGAGACGAGGCUGAAGCUCCCAUAGGUCAUCCCCAGCCAUGGAUCCCCUCAGAGCCCAACCUCCAGCCCCCAACCAAGCAGAAGCCGUACCAGGGCGAAUCUCUCAAGGGCACUGCUACGAAGCCAGUCCGUUCUGUGAGAGCUGAUCCUCUGUUCUUCGAGUGCUGGAUGGAGCAAGGCUCGCCUGAGCCAGAAGUCGUAAACUCCAACAGUACUGGCGGGAUCGUAACGAGUACCUCGUCUGGAAGCAUUCCCCAAUCAUAGUAAUGACAAUGAAUAAUUAAUUAACAGAAGAGGUAAAAAUGAUUUAGACUUAUCUACAUAGCAGUAUCUACGUG